AUGGUUAUGGAUGACGAUGGAUCUACUACCACUGAUGAAGCAAGUUCUUCCGGAGCACCAUCACUCUCUUCUAUAAACUUGUCGAGCCAUGCCCAAAGAUUCCACCAAGAUCAUGACACACUUUCUACAACUUCAUCCAUGAGUACUUUUUCUUCGGGAUCGUAUAGUCAUUUCGUCCCAGAUAUUAAUAAUCAAUCAACCAGUAAUGGAGUAGCUACUAUUGUGCAACAACAACCACAGCAACCUGUCAUCAAGCCAAUUAUUAAUACUCCAACCACAAUUUCACUUUUACUUCGUGAUGAAAAUUUCAACAUUCAUAUGGAGAAAAUCAAGGAAUUUGUAAAAUUGACCAACAGCGGAAAAGUCAUCAAAACUGGAGAAUCGUUUCAAACCGAUGAAGAAUAUCCUUAUAUUUUAGCCAGUAAUUCAUACACCUUGUCAAUUGACCAGGAUAUUGACCAACUGUUUAUUCAGUUAAAAUUAUUAUAUUCGGAAAAGUUUAAAGAUUUGGAGAGCAAUAUUAUUGAUCCAAUGACUUUUGUAAAUACAGUAUUGCGAAUUGGUAACGGUAUUCCACUUGUGGCUCCUAGAGGUUCACAAAAUUUCACAGAUAUUGAUCUGAGUGAUAUUUUACCUCCUUCAACAAUUAUGAUUCUUAAAGUAACAGCAGCCAAUGAUGGUACCUUUAAAGUAAAUCUAUCUGAAGAUAAGUGGAAGAAAAUUGAACAAAUUUGUAGAGAUGUCAUACUUUUGGAUGAACAUAAGGAACAUAUUUUACAAUAUCUAUCUAUGAGAAUGUCCUAUGUUGCUCCUAAUUUGAGCUUAUUGGUUGGAACAAGAAUUGCUGCCCAAUUAAUAGGUGCAGCAGGUGGAAUUUUAUUACUUUCUCAAACUUCAGCAGAUGUAAUUCAAUGUCUGGGAAGAGAAAAGAAGAAACUUGAAGGAUUUUCUACUAAGACUUACAUGGGUAUGCUCCCAAAGAGGAAACAAACUUCGACUGACUCAAAGGAUGGAAACUAUCUCCUCUCCUAUACGGCCAAUGAUUUUUCUCAUAUGAGAUAUACUGGAUUUGUUGGAUUGUGUGAUUUGGUGAUGGAACAUACUCCACCAAGAGAAAAACUGAGAAAGAAGGUUGCUCGUCUUGUUGCCACUAAAUGUGCUCUUGCUGCCCGUAUUGACAGUUGUAAUUCGGCCAAGAAUGGCUCAGAAGGAUUACAUCUUCGUGAGGAUAUUCAAAUGGCCAUCAAGAAAAUGUUAGAACCACCAAAAAGAAAGGAGGACAAACCACUCCCAGCCCCAGAUUCUAUUAAAAAGUCUGGAUCUCGAGGUGGUUCAAAAUCAGCAGCUGAAAAGCAAUUGGCCAGAACUUCAGAAUUGAGAAAGAAAUAUGCCAGAUUACCAUUUGGAGAAUCAGGUUCAGAUGAUUCCUAUACUGGAGAUGGAUCAGGAACCAUGUUGGGCGAUGAAGGCAAGAAGGGAUUGGGCCGAUCUCUAAGUGUACACAAUGCAAUUCUUGCUUCUGGCAAACGAUACGAAAACAAGCACAAAAAGAAGGAGAAAAAACAUACAUCUGGCUCAUCAACUGGGGUCAAUACUGCACUUUCAUCUUCCUCGGCUUACUUUGAUGGUAUCAGCACAAUUUCAAACACCUCAAUUUUCAAGAGUGGUACUGCUACUCAAAUCAUCAGAACUGGUACUGCCACUUCCAUGGCAAUUAGCAAUAACAAUGAAAUGGAAAUUCUUAACCCUAAUCUUAUUGCAGAAGAUCAGAAACGAAAGACAGAACAAAAGAAGGGAUACUUUUCUAUGGAUACUAAAUUUAAGAAACCAUCAGAUGUUAUGGCACCACCUUCUUCCACUGAAAAGAAAAAAUAA